UUCGAUCUAGUCUUAUUCGGAAAGCCCUGAAUGACGAAGGGGAUUUGACUGUAAGUUCUUUGGGACAGUGUCGCAGUAAAGUGCCGAUCACUCUAUUGCAGCUACAGGUAUAUGAUAAUAAUACAACAGAGCUGUCAGUCCCCACUCAGGCAUUGACCCAAUGGACGCUUGGCCUGAGCAAGGACGGCAGGAUCACCACUCUGCGGUUUCGGUUCCCGGGGCCAGGCAGUGGGGAUGUCCCUGCCGAGCUCCACCCCCCUGCGAAGGGCCCGGCGGAGCUUUGGGGUUUCGGGGCAACUGGGAAUCACUGCGUUGUUUCCCACAGACUGUGCAGACAGGGGGCAGAGGAGUCGCCCAAAGCACAGGUGCUGGAACUAGGUGAAGUGGUUUCCGUUAGAUACAGGGGUUACCCAUUGGUUCAAUGGCUCUCAGCACCCCCCGCUAUAUAAAUUGUUCCCGUGCCCGCGGGGUGGGGGGCGCUUGACCCCUUCCUCCCCAGCCCUGCGCUCCGGUUCCCACUGCAGCGCCGGGGUCCCUGGCGGGGCUGCUGGGCGCACCCUGCGGCGCUGGGGAAGGGCUCAGGCGGUGCUGGGGCGAGCUCCGGGCGCGUUGCCCGUGGCCGUGUGUGCGCAGGGAGGAGGGGGAGCCCCCCAGCCCCUUGCCCUCCUUCACCCCCUCCCCCUCUGCAGAUGGUUCGCUCCGGGCCCCCGGCUAUAUAGCCCCGUCGGCUGGGGGCAUCCCCCCGAGCCUCCCGGCGCGGGGUGAGGGCGGGGCGGCCGCGGGGCUGGGCGGACUCCUCGCCUGCGCUGCCUGCCCGGCGCCGCUGCCCCCCGAGCCCGUCUCUCCCCGGGGGAAGGGCGCGUGCCAUGUCCACGGGCUCGGCCAGCGACGCGGAGGAGCUGCCCGCCAUGGAGCUGCGGGGGCUGCAGCUGGGCUACCCGCCGCCCGCCGCCCAGCGCCAGCCCCGCGGCCCGCUCUACCCCUCGGCGGACCAGUCCUCCGCGGCCGAGGAGGAGGACGAGGAGGAGGAAGAGGAGGACGGCGAGGGGCGCUGCGCGGCGGAGGGGCCGGCCGGGGGCUGCAAGAGGAAGCGGGCCCGGGCGGGCGGCAAGAAGCAGCCGCCGCUGCUGCCCAGGGGCGCGUCGGGCGAGUGCAAGCAGUCGCAGCGCAACGCGGCCAACGCCCGCGAGCGGGCCCGCAUGCGGGUGCUGAGCAAGGCGUUCUCCCGCCUCAAGACCAGCCUGCCCUGGGUGCCGCCCGACACCAAGCUCUCCAAGCUGGACACGCUGCGCCUGGCGUCCAGCUACAUCGCCCACCUCCGGCAGCUGCUGCAGGAGGAUCGCUACGAGAACGGCUACGUGCACCCUGUCAACCUGACUUGGCCAUUUGUGGUUUCCGGACGACCAGAAUCUGACACCAAAGAAGUUUCUACAGCUAACAGACUAUGUGGAACUACAGCUUAGCUGAAGUAAAGCUAACUUUUUGCUGGAUAUUUUUAAGAGCUGUGAUUUAUGGGCACACAGCUAAAGGAUGGUGACUAGAACCCAUCUCUAACAAACGGUGUGAAAUCUUUGUACCCUACCCCUUCUUUCCCUUAUAGUUCUGAGGGUAAAUGCACUUAAAGGGAAGGAAUAAAGAAGGGAGGAGGUGAGAUGGGAAUUUCUCUGAACUGGCUGCAGCAGCUGAAGUCCAGGAUUUGGAAAGGCCUUUCUUUUGCUGCAUCAUUACUAGCACUGCCUGAGGACCUGUUGACCUGAGGCUUUUAAAGUAAUGGAAGAGGAUUAUAACAUUAUAGAAUUAACAGCAUGGACCAAAAUCAGACUCUACAAACUAAUCCCAAACAGUGUUAUUUGUAUUCUAAAGCAAAGCAGUAUUCUAGAGUAGUUUUGAUACUCAAAUAGAUUUAUAAUAUAUUUCGAUGGCUUUUGUAUUCAUGAAUCCUAUUUCCUGCAGCUAUGCAAUAAAUAUAGUCAUAUUACUUUUGUCCUUUUAACUAGAUUUUUCUUAAAUACAUUGAAGUAGCAUAAGCAAGGUCCUGCAGUUAGGUUAUGGGCCUUGGAAUUAGGUUAUUGCCCUUUUUUGUGUGUCAAGGUGCCAUAUACAAGAGCAGCGACUAUCCCUAGGACACGUUACUAGAUAGGACAAAGAUCCCAUGUCUUAACCUGGAAGGGAUCCUGCUUACUCUAAAACUGGGGUACAUGUGUUGUAAGGAAUGUAUUUGUAUCAAGCUAUAGAAGAUCAGGAAUUUUAAAAUAUUUUUAACAGUCUGUCCUGUCAUAUUAUGCUCAUCUAUGAAGGAUACUAACCCUAAUGUGUAUUCUAGUGACAUUUCUUCAUCCAGUAAAGUGUUGUAAUGAGGACGCCAUCAAAUGAGUUGCAAAUGUAAAUAACUUUAUUUUUUUAUAAAGGAUAUUAAAAGCUUUGUUACAACAAUUCACUGACUUGCUGGUGCUAUGGUAGUGUCUGACUGCAUCAAAGUAAGGGUAUGUCUACACUACAGCUGCUACAGCAGCACGAUUACAGUGCUGCAGCUGUGUCCUUGUAGCACCACAGUGUAGAUGCUUCCUACAUUGACAGAAGGAGUUUUUCCAUUGCUGUAGUUAAUCCAUCUCUUGGAGAGGCAGUAGCUAAGUCGAUAAAAUAAUUCUUCCAUUGGCCUAGCUGCAUCUACGCCAGGAAUUGGGUCAUCUUAACUGUGGCACUCAGGGUGCAACCCUUUGAGUGACGUAGAGAGGUUGAUCUAAUUUUUAAGUGUAGACCAGACAUAAAAAUAUUCAUUAUAAAGGUGUUCCUGAAAUCUGCCCUUAUCAACACAUUGUUUCUUUUUUUUUUCUUCAUCUUUUGGGUGGGGAUAUUCUCUAGUAACACAGACAGACAAUAGCAUUACUCCCUCCAGCCCACCAAUACAAUUCACCUAUAUUACAGUAACACAUCAGUCAGCAGAGAAAAGGAUGUUUGAAAGAUUUACAGAAUACAUUGAUUCACAGAAAAGAAAAAUACAUGUAGAUUAACAAAUGGAUGUCAACAAUACAUUCCUUUUCGAAUCCUGAAAGAUAAUGUAAUAAUCUUUUGCAACUGUUCCUUGUCAUUCUACCAUUCAAGCUGCAGUCAGCUUUGCUUUUAUUUGUAUUUGUGCAGUG